AUGAUAUCUCGCAUUCGGCACCUUUUUCUUCUGGCCUGGUCCGUGCCAAUAUUGCUCUCGGCCAAAGUCAGCAGUGUCGCCGCGCACAAUCUUGACUAUGUGAAUGGCGAGACCGGACUGAGCAUAGCGAGUUUAUCGAGAUCGCAAGAGUUCAAUGUACCGAGAUCAGACGAAGAAUCCCGUCGUCAGUACUGCUUUGGUACAACAAAGAACCAGGUUUAUGUUACCGACUUCUUGCAACGUAAUUUGGACAUCUUGACAGGCCAUUCAACAUGUUGGCUGAACAGAGGCGUCGUCGGCCUAAGAACAGAACUGGAAAGGAACCUCACAUCGACGCAUCGGUCGGAUAUGCAGGUUCCCAAGUGCCCUAUCAACAUCACCAGCUCAGGCAACACCUACCUCAUUGACUUCACCAAGAACAGCUAUCACGUCAAUACGAUUUCUAAAUCUCUCUUGAUAAUUCUGACUAGUAUGCAUGUGGCCGCCAUGACACUCGCUUUCUUUAUUGUAUACCCCAUCAUCCUGAUAUUUUCGACACUGAUCGCUCUUGGUGAACUCAUUGAACGACCUCUGUUCAAAGCUCGGAUUGAAAAGUGGCAAAAGAUACUUUUCUGCGUCUUCUUCCUCCCUCUUCUCGCCAUUGGAAUCCUAUGCGGGCUGACUGGGAUGGGGUCAUCAGACCAUUUUCGAACAGAACACGGCGUAAGUGGCCUGGUUACCGCAGUUUUGGCGACAUUGGCAGUAGGAGUCUACCUCAUCGAGAACAACCUCAGACCAAAGAUUUCAAUAAGCAGGAGAUGGCGCCGAGUGCACAUGAUGGUCAACUACACCGAUAUCUUCGUUUGCCAAGCUGUUCUCAUGCUUUCAGGUUUUGCCCUGCCCGACGGUAUAGACGACUUCCAGGUUAUGAGCCUUUGCGGAACAAGACACAUAUCCACUUCACUAUCGUUCUCGGUGGGCAUGAUGGUAGCGUUCGUAUGGAACAGUGCUAUGGCGGCUAUGACGCUCCAGUGGUGGCUUGUUCGUAGGGCUAGUAAGGAUAAGCCUCCUGGCAAGAUGUGGCUGUUGGUAUCGCGCAUCUUUAGGCGGAACACUGAGACUUGUGAGGAUGAUGGAUAG